AUGACUAUAGUCCUCUCCAAAAUCCGCUAUGAGUGGAUGCACAUUUGUUUUCAAUACUUCAAAACUGUUAGUGAGUUUAAUUCUAAGUUGUUCAGAAUAUGUUUAAAAUUAAUAUUAUGUGGAGAAAAAAUUACUGAUGAAGACAUGUUGGAGAAAACAUUUUACGCCUCGAAUGUGCUUCUGCAACAGCAAUAUUGUGAGCUUGGUUUUAAAAGAUACUCAAUACUCAUAUCUUGCCUGCUUAUGGCUGGAAAAAUAAUGAUCUACAAAGAUAUGGAUAUAGACAUGGACGUGGACGAGAAACCUGCACGUGAAAUAAAUCGUGGAGAAAUAACCAACAAAGUUAUCAUCAACAAGACAACAAUUUUAAAAUGCACAAAGCAAAUGAAUACAAUGGCUCUAGUUGGAGAGCGUGGAAGUGGGAAGUCCACAGUUAUCAGUUUGAUACAAAUAUUCUAUAACCCUGAGUCCGGCCAACUAUUCUUAAAUGGAGUGGAAACUCGAAAAUUCAAUAAGUUGGCUGAGGCAACAAAUGUUGCAACUGAAGAAAAGACCAUUUCAGCGACAAGAGCUGCAAAUGCACACAACUUCAUAUCAGGAUUGCCUCAAGGAUAUGAACCUAAUGUUGGGGUGAGAGGAAUUUAA